AUGGAAGAACCACAGCAUCAACCCAGCACACAUGGCACAGCAACCGAUACCACUUUGACAGAAUCCCUUCCAAUGACCAAACCAGAAACUACUUGCAACAGUGAUUCGCCGCUAUCUUCAGGAGUAUCAAGCUCGUCUAGUGCACAAGAGGAAACGACGUUGCCAUCGGCUGGACCGUGUAUCGUCGAUAGUCAGCCUUCUUCUCCUGCUGCUCCUCCUCCUGCUGCUGCUGCUGCUGAUAAUUCAAACGAGCAAGAUGCCAUUCCAAAACCAUCCAACGCUGAGACUUUGGAGCAUGAUGAUUGUCCCUUGGAUACGGAUACUUGUUUGCCCUUGGAUACAGAUGAGCAACAAUCACACACUGAGGAUGAGCAACAACGUGAGGACGACGAUUCAAGGUUGGAUCAAGAUCAUCAAGUAACGCAUGAUGCAUCAUCAUCGUCAUCGUCAUCUUCGUCUUCUUCACCACGUCAAGACCAUCAAAUCACUGAUUCGGCAACCCAUAUGGAGACACCAUUACAUGAGGAUGAGGAUCAUGCACAAGAGACACCUAUACAUUGCAUCGAGGAAGAUGCGACUACUACCCCUGAUCAACAAUCACUCAAAGAGGAAGAGCACAGCGGUAAUACACAAGAGGAAAGUGGAAAUGAGUCAGUGGAUCAACAACAUGAGCAACCAAGCACACCACGUGAACCCACGAUUUCACAAGAAAAUGAGAUGGUGGAUCAGCAGCAUGAUGAGAUAUCACAACAACUACAACAAUAUGACCCUGUUGCUACAACCCAUCUUCAAGACGAGGAGGAGGAACAAGAGCAAAUGACAACGACGACGACGACGAUGGAUACACAUGGUCCACAAACUAGCAGCAGCAGCAAUGAUAAUAAUGGAUCGGGUCCAACGCCGCCACCUACUAUUGCUGAUACUACUCCACAACCUAUUAUUCACCCACCCACGCCAUCACCACCACCAGCAGCACCACCCUCAUCAUCAUCACCUGAACAACUCUAUCAAGAUGGUCCAUUAUCGAUGCAACACCAAGAACCCGAUUUAUCAUUGACAUUAGAUACCCGUUCUCGACAUUUGGACAAUAACCAGGAUUGCGUGACCCAUGAUGAUGAAUCGGAGCAUACAGUACUUGACACCCAUCGACGUGUAUGGGAAGCGGAUCGCCAUGCAUCUGAAUGUCGUCGUUGUAACAGAAGAUUUAAUUUCCUUGUGCGGAGACAUCAUUGCAGGCGAUGUGGUCUCGUGGUAUGUGAUCGAUGCAGUAGUCACCGUAUUCGUCUUCCUCCAAAUGAAAUCAUUCAAGACCCUGCUGUCGACCCUUCCCAUUAUCCAUUGAUUGCUAUGCAUCCACAACGUGUAUGUGAUGCUUGUGUUCGCUUACCCAUCAAAGAAGUGCCUUCCUCUUCUUCCUCCAAUACCAGACGACGAGCAACAGCACCUGUCACCAUGAGACGAUCAGGAAGUUCACAAAGCCUCAUGUCAGAAUGCCCUGUAUGUGGCCAUGAUCUUCUUGGUAUGGCAAAAAAGGAUCAAGAGAACCAUUUACAAAUGUGCUUGAAUGCUGGCAGCCCACCAGUACGUCCACCACGUUACUUAGUAUAUGAAUUGUCAUCCGAUUCACCCGAAAUCAGCUAUGAAUGCCCCAUUUGCUUUGAAGAGUUUAAAGCAGGCGAAAAGAUUGCUAGAAUGAUUUGCUUAUGCUCAUACCAUCGUCAUUGUCUUGCUGAGUGGUUAGAACGAGGCAAAGGGUGUCCUGUACAUUAUGACCCUGCGCUUUGA